AGGGAGGGAGGUGGCGGGAGAGAGUGUCGCGGUGCAAGGACAGGGAUAGUGCUGGCCCUGAAAGCCCAAAGGCUCAGGUUUGGUACAGCAGGGAAGGUACAAAAAGCAGCACUCCAGACACCUAGCCCAGGGCAUUCCCUGCCUGGGCAGGACACUUGGCUCCCUUUGUGUCAUUCCACAGCCAGCAGGAAAAGUGGAUCAUGGGUAUGGAUCAGAGCCAAGAGAUUGAGGUACAGGCAGAGAAUUUCUGAGAGCCAGGAGCUGAUGCAAGUCCUCAUGGGAACAUGCGAGAUAACCAAGUAGCAAAAGGCACUGGCAGAGUCCAGGGGAGAGCAGUGCAGCCAUAGACAGAGCAGCAUGGCAGGACUCCACGUCCGCUCCCUUCUGGUCACUGGGGCCAACCGAGGCAUCGGCCUGGGACUCGUCCAGCAUUUCCUGAGGAUGCCAAAACCACCACAGUGGAUCUUUGCAGGCUGUCGGGACCCCAAGGGACAGCGAGCACAGGAGUUACAGAAUUUGGCCUCCAAGCACCCCAACAUCAUCAUCAUCCCGCUCGAAGUCGCCAACCCCACCAGCAUCAAGGCAGCUGCAGCCCAGGUUGGGGAGCACCUGGGGGGCUCUGGGCUCAACCUCCUCAUCAACAACGCUGGAAUUGCAAGGCCAAAAUCCAUUGAUAAUGAGACACUGGAGACUAUGUGUGAGGUUUACACCACCAACACAGUUGGACCCUUGCUGAUGGGCCAGGCAUUUCUGCCCUUGCUGAAGAAGGCUGCCCAGGGGAGCCCAGGCUCAGGGCUGAGCUGUAGCAAGGCUGCCAUCAUCAACAUGUCCAGUUACGCAGGCUCCAUUGAGGAUAUGUACGUAUGGGAGUUUGGACAAGUUGUCUCCUACCGCUGCAGCAAGGCUGCUCUGAACAUGCUGAGCAAGUGCCAGUCCCUGGCGUACAAGGAACACGGCAUCCUCUGCGUCGCUCUCCACCCCGGCUGGGUGCAAACUGACAUGGGGGGCGGAGGAUCAUUUAAGCCUCCCCUGACAGUGGAUGACAGCGUGCAAGGGAUGCUGAAGGUGCUGUCCUCCAUCUCUGAGAAGGAGACGGGCGCCUUCCUGGACUGGGAAGGGAAGGUCAUACCCUGGUGAGAUGCUGAUUCAGGAUUCUGACUGUGAGGACCUUUGCUGCUGCAUCAUGUUGUGCCUGUCCCUUAGUAAAUAAGUGUCCACAAACAAUACGUAGCAUUGUGUGAGUCUUCUUCCCUUGAUCUUCUAUUAACUGUCACUGAGAGAGUCCUCACUGGUGCUUUGAGAGUUCUUCUCAGUUAUUUCCACAUAUCAUUGAGCUAGGCUGGUCUGAAUAUUUGUUCUUGUCUAACUGGCGGCCUGGACACCAUCCUGAUAGGAAUUUGUCCCUAGACUUGUUCCAGAACUCUCCCUCAGAACGGCAGCACCACCUUACAAUGACUCAGGCAUUCCUGCCAGUGAGUCCUUCCUCAUUUUUCAGUUCAAAGACCAAGCAGUGCACUGCUCAUAGGUCAGGAAGGCAAAACCUGACGUGAUCUUCCUGGCUUGCUUAUGCCCUGCUGUGCUCCUCCAGCAGGAAUCAAGGUAGUUAAAAACACCCACGAAGACCAGGGCCUCAAAUGGGAAAUCUGUAAGUGUAGUCUUGAGCCGUGUCAGGGUUGGGAAUCAGUUCUGUGCUCCUGUUAAAUCCUGUCUAUAACUCUUCUUGGAGGCUGUGCUCCCUGUUCUGGGCUGCUGUGUGGAGGCAGGAUAGGCUCUAGGUGUUGUGUACAUCUCCAUGGGGCACACGUGGCACUGGAGGCUCCAUGACGAGCACAAAAGCUGCUGUGGUUUGUAAAUGUUUCCUGAAAUUUUUACCUGCCAAGACCUGAGCAGUCUGCCUUGUACCUGACAAAAACUAAUCGGUGUCGGAUUUUUAAGAUUAACACAGUGUUACACCGAUGAGAAAGUUUACGCCUCUUUGUGAAACUCAUGUAAAAACAAAAAACCCUGGGAAAGCCCCGUUUCCAAUGGGCCCUCACGAGGUAACACGAGGGGCUGGGCAGGGGCGGGCGGGCUGUGAGGCAGCACUGGAGAAGCUGCCGGGGCCCCGUUUUCAACUAAAGCCUCAUAGCCGGAGGGAGGAGAGGGCCGUUGUUGAAAUCCUAACCCCGUGGCACAGCCCAUGGCGGGCAGAACCCUGCCCUGCCGCCGGCCCGGAGCAGCUCUGGGCAGCCGGGCCCACCCCGCCGCCCGUGCGGCCUGAGGCAGACGCGGCCGGGCCCUGCUCCCCUCACGCUUCUCCGCCAGGCAGGAUACUCAGAUAGAAACAUGGGCCUAGGUAGAGGGAAAUGUAUUAUUAAAACCAUUCUGUUUAAAUGCCCCUGUUAUGAAUAUUGUGUUUGCUAAAUAAAUUGUAUUUUAUACCGGUUUGCAAAAAGGUUUUCCACGGCCUGAAAGGUUUUUGCAAAAUCAGGUUUCCUGCCUUUGUGUAAUCAAUUGCAACCUAUCUGCUAAGACCAGACUUCCCACUUCUGCUAGUUUAUAUCUGCCAAGACCUGAUGGUUACUUGGCAAAUUGUCCAGAGAAUGGUUGCACAGAUGUUUUUUUGACCACCUCUGCUUACCUGGCAGAAUUAUGGCAACAAAAAAAUAACAAUUAUUGAUUACUGCAAGGAAAACCAUACUAUAAACAGGAGCUGCAAACCAAGUUCGGUGGGGCGUGGAGCAGGCGGUGACCCCUCACAUUUUCCCCAGCGCUGCUUGCUCUGUCUAUAUAAAAUAAAGCAAUCUAACUUUUGCUGAAUAUCGAGAGUUUGUUUCUCAUUUAUAACAGUGGAGAGAAAACCCCCAGCCCACGGCUGGAAUUAAAUGCAGCAAAUACCAAAAAACAGCCAUGGAGCCAGAAAACCCAUCACUGCUUUCUGUCUGGGCCCUACAAUCCUAGCCAGCCCCAGCGUGGCCUUAAAAAACUCUUUAUCG